UGAGGAAUGGGUAAGUUCUGAUAUCUAUCAAAUAUAAAUAUAAUGCACAAAAUGUAAUGUAAAAAAAAUUCAAAUAGUAAAAUAUAUAAAGGGCCAUAACAAUCCUAAAUAAGUAUAAAUCCCAGGAUCACUUUUUAUCUUGCAUUAUAGUCACCUGAGUUCAGCUACAUAAGGUAACGUGCCUUGUACUGGAACAGCUGGAUUUUUGUUACUGUUUAUAAGAAUGUAACAUCCCCCAAGUUUUUUUUCAUCAUGAAGCCAGGCUGGGGAAAUUUGUUUUCUACAAAUGAUUUAUAUGGGGAGCCCAAGACUCUUAAUCCGAGAUACACAGACUUCUCAUGCUGUGCUAAAGCAACUAGAGAAUUAGAUUUGUCAUUAAGACUUUAUUUAGCUUAGUCAAUACACGAUUGUUAAAAGAAGGUUUAUGUGUUUUCACCUAGAAUUUUGAAUUUCCCCCAGUGGUAUCAGUUAGUUCUACAGAUAUUGGUAUUAGCCUAAAAAUAUAUCUUGUUUUUUUUUUUUUAGGUUAUUUGACGUUAAAAAAGAACUGAGGGAAUGGAUAUGUCAGUUCUUUUCCAACAAGCCUUCCAAGGAGCUUACUCUGAACAUGAUGCUAGACAACGACUCAAAUGAAGGAAUAUCCGUGAAUAUCAGGAUGAGACUCAAUCAUUAUCAACAUGGAAUAAUUACCUUUGUAUAUGGAUGUCUCGGUGGAAGAACUGCUGUCAUCGGACAUCAAGGAAACAAGCAUGAAACGCUGGCUGAAUAUGAUUCUUUGGCUAAUCGUCUAUUGAGCCAAAUUGCAAGACUUAUAGAAUCUAACAGUCUGAUAAUAUCCAGGAUGAGAUUAUUUGAUGAAACCAGCGAAAAGAAACUCAUUUUGGAGCAACUUAUACCCACGGAAAUAGUGUAUCAGAGCAGUUCUACUGGUUCCAAAGACAAAUCCAGUAGUGAAGAUGACGGAACACAUCUAAUAGUCUGUGUGCACGGCUUGGGUGGUUCCGAACGUGAUCUCCGACCUAUAAGACCUUACAUAGAGUCUGGAGUGACACAUGAGAAAAUUGACUUCCUAAUGUCUCGGUGCAACAUGCACUGCACCGUUGCUGAUAUUGAUUAUUUAGCCAGCCGUCUCCUAAAUGAAAUAUUAGCGCACAUAACAAGCAAAAAGCUCAUCAUUUCCAGGAUCAGCUUUAUCGGCUUUUCUUUGGGCAAUCUGAUAAUACGCUCAGCUCUGUGGAGACCUGAAUUGGAAGGCUACCUUGGAAACCUGCACACUUUCCUCUCCUUCGGUGGACCACAUAUGGGCCUUCUGUACCACAGCAGAUUUCUUUUUAAAAUUGGCCUGCAGUUACAGCAGCAGUUUGAUAGCUCUGUCUCCAUAUCACAGAUGGCUUUCACAGAUCACAAAGACCCAAGACAAAGGUUCCUCUACAAACUUAGCCAGAAAACAGGCUUGGAGCACUUCAAGAAUGUGAUUCUAGUGAGCGCGUUACAGGAUUACAUUGUUCCCUAUCACUCCACUCGUAUUGAAAUGUGCAAAGAUGCUGUGAAGGGAAGCGAGUUAGGAACCGUUUAUAGUGAGAUGCUCCAAAAUGUCCUUGAGCCGGUUCUAAACAACAAGAACUGUAAUCUUGUGAGAUACGACGUCAGUUUCGAUCUGCCCAAAUCAGUCAAUUAUUUCAUUGGAGCUACCGGCCACUGCGCAUUAAUUUCAUCUUGGCAAUUUCUGGAAAACUUCUUUCAAAACGCUGGCCUGAAAUAUUUUGAAUAGAAGAAAUGUGAUGCCGGACAUAAAACUACUUGAAAUGCCGGAGACAUCAAGUUGCAGAACCUUCUCUACCUUGUUGCACAAUGAACUAAUGAUUUUGCUACAAAGACAGAUCUACAGUGCAAUGCCGACAUUAUAGACCUGACCUCAGGCCUCCUUGAUAUGGCUUCAAUCAUCCUGUAUGAACAUUUACCACUUGUGUUUUUUUACUAAUAAAGAAACCUUACAACAUA